AUCAUCAUCACCACCACCACUACCACCAUCAUUACGCCAUCAUCAUCAUCAUCAUCACCAGCGGAUAUUAUCAUCAUCAUCUUUCUCCGCCGUGUUCUCGUAAUCAUCAUAAUCACAACACCGUGCACGUUACAGCCAAGGCUCAAUCAAAGGUCAUCUAUCAAGUAUUCAGAUAGAAAAUAUGUGGAACAGAGCCAACAUAUCAGGUCACUCAUUUAAGGAGAACGGGAAGUCGAUGACUCGAAAGGGCAGACCGGAACUAUAUCAGAAUAUUUCUCCGUGAGUGCUUUCACGGACACAACAAGUUCAUUCGCUCUUUAUGAAUCUAGCAUUUGGAGCGGGAAACUAAUGAACUUUACAGCGACUUGUGUUUACCGCAAAGGAAAUGAAGCAAAGAGUAGCUUUUUAAUCAGUGCUGGUUUUCAUGGCGGUAGCUACGUUUUGUACAACGGUUUAAGACGAUAUGGGUUUGGCGUGUGCUCGUCGCGUGUGAGCCGCACCGUAACUUUCCGGACCUAAGCGGUUUCUCACUCCUGGCGGACAUACAUUCACAAAUACGGCUAAUGGGAAUGGGGGCGUUGUACAGGACGGAGGUUUUAUUAUCAGAUGCCUUUAGUUCAAUCAUAUUUAUCAGCACUGUUUAUAUUAAAGCAGUUAAUGAAAAGCUUUCUCUAAUCCGGUUAUACAUCUUGCAAAAUUCACACGUGAUAGAACAUGCAUGCCAUAAGAGUGUUCACGUGCUCUUGCAUGCGUCUUGCGUAAAUAACACGUGGUGUGCAUGUAACAGCAAUAUCACGUGCUCUUGUAUACAUUUUACGGAAGUGUCACGUGCCCUGGUAUGCGCGUGUUUCAGCCAAGCUUCAAAAUGAUUUAUAAGUCUGCCAUGUCAUUCUCCACAUUCAUAUACUUCACACAAUUCACUGCGCGGACCUAAAGAUUUAGCGCAGCAGAGAUUUUACAACGGCGCACACGCCAGAAACCUUAAGUUCGCUAUCCCGCUUUUCAUGCUUUUUCUUCCUUUCCGAAGGGCUCAUAUUUUAUUCUACAAACUUACGCGAGCUGUAAACAAGAAAUUCACCCCCGACGUAUGUCCCUAACCGUACUUAAACCCUAAAUUCUUUCAUUCGCUUUGGCAAAUCUCAAUCUGUAUGAGUGCCCAUGAUAUUUUUUAGUUAUUUCUAUGUUUGACAGACUCGUGUCAAGGACGUAUUACAAGGUCGCAACAAGAACCGAACACGGUGUCAGUCUGCACUGCUGUGACGGAUGGCGUAAGACUGGAAGCGACUGUAAAACACCCUGGUGUCGCCAGGGAUGUAGCCAUGGUAAAUGUAUCCGUGCUCACACGUGCUCAUGCGACCCCGGAUGGACAGGAAACUCUUGCGAGAGAGAUAUCAAUGAGUGUAGUAGUGGAAGCUCCGUGUGUCAGCAAGUCUGCACCAACAUCCCCGGAUCUUACACUUGCGAGUGCUGGCAAGGAUACAGAAAGCGCCUUAAUUACCACAGCCAGUGCAUCGAUGUUGACGAGUGCACAGAGAUGUCACCUCGGUGCCGCUGCGCCAAUCAGAAGAGCGCAUCGUGUAACGCAACAUGCAUCAAUACACUGGGAAGCUACCGAUGCACAUGUGCAAAAGGCUAUUCGCUGAUUGGUGGAACAGUAUGCCAGGACAUCGACGAGUGUCUAUCCACAAGCACCAAUAAAUGUCCAGGGAGGUGUAUUAAUCGUCCCGGUAGCUACACCUGCGACUGCCCUCGGGGAUACUUCGUGCUACACGAUGAGGAGAAUGGGCAUCGAUGUGUUGAUAUUAACGAGUGUAAGCGCAACAACGGCUGGUGUGAACAUGAAUGCAUCAACAUAAUCGGGACAUAUCGCUGUCGCUGCCGCGAUGGAUACAAGCUUGAACCCAACAGACGAACAUGUCAAGAUUUGGACGAGUGUGCGUUGUUCAGUGGGUGUGAGAUGCUCUGUCAUAAUACACGUGGCAGCUACUACUGCGCAUGCUCAGAAGGUUUUAAACUGAGUUCCGACAACUUCACUUGUACAGAUAUCGACGAGUGCUCACUGCGUCACGUGAGCGGCUUAAGUAGCAACGCCUCAUUGGCUGACUGCGAGCAGGUCUGCGUGAAUGUGAUUGGCUCGUUCACUUGCGCCUGUAGAGAGGGUUUCCUUCUUAGGCAAGAUGGGAAGACGUGUGAAGAUAUCGACGAGUGCGAUACUGGGCUACACAAGUGUGAACAUCAGUGCAAUAACACGUUCGGAUCCUACAGCUGUUCCUGCUCGCCUGGCUUCGCUCUCGCAGACGACAAGAAAUCCUGCAAAGGACUACCCUGUGUGUCCAUUGAAGCGCCUGCUCAAGGCUCCAUGAAAUGUAGCAGUCACGUGACUGGCGCUAAUUGUUCCUUCUCCUGCUCCGCUGGCUAUGAGCUAGUAGGCUCAGAGACUAGGACUUGCCUUCCUAGCUCACAGUGGACUGGGGAGAUAGCGGUGUGCAAAGCUAUGAGUUGCCCGGACCUCACCUCACCUCCACACACCUUCGUCACCAUACCAUGUCCCAGAUCCUUGGGGUCCCUGUGUAAUUUCGAGUGUGAAGAUGGUUACUAUGUAGAGGGUGCAGCUAACGCGACGUGCAGCGUGGACGAGGUCACCGGAGGAGUGAAGUGGCGGACAUCCUCAUUCACUUGCACCGAAUCUUCCAUCUGCAAACCUAAUCCAUGUCUUCAUGGCGGUACAUGUGUUACCUCUGGACUUGCUGAGCAACGCUGUGAAUGCGAAGGGACUGGAUACGAGGGGAAGAUUUGCGAAAAGGGUCGUCUCAGGAUUCCCGUGUUCCCCAAAUUGGAAAUAAACAAACAGUCACGUGUGCUGCACGUGUCUUCGCCGCCAGUACGCGAGCUACGCAUCCGCAUGAGUUCACCCUCCGGUGACCUUGACAUUCAACCCAAUGUUACAGUCAUCACGAGUCAAGCACGUGACGCCCAAUUCACUGUCACUGCAAAGCGGUCAGGUUUGCACGUGAUCUCAUACCAUGUGACCGGAAGUGACGCAGAUAGUUUUACAACCCCGGAUGAUAGCCUGGUGUAUGUGAGCCCGGAUAUGAGCAGUAAUUCAAGCGUGUAUGACGUCACUCACACAGAUAAACGAAGCUUUCCGAUUGGAUGCCACCAACUUCAAGAAAGUGCAUUCGACUGCAAUGCGCAAGCGCAACUGGUGUCUACUUCUGAGUGGAAGAUAGAUAACGAUACAGGGCAUUACGUGACACAAGGUGUUGUGCACAUGCGCACACAAAACACCUGGGUACCAGUCUCUCUCACAGGGUUUGACCUUGGUAACCUGGCCAGAAAGAAUAAGGAACACAUAACAUACAUCCGGGACAUGCCAAUAAGCCUGCCCGACACACUUACCGUGCGUCACCAUGGUAACUGCAGCAAGGUGCCGAUGAAACCAGACUACCUUACACAACUUAUAAGUGACGACGUGUUGCCGCUGCACUAUCUCGGUUCUGUAUCGCGGGCGCUACCGGACUGGUUGAAUCUAGAGGUAGGCACGACUAACACAGGCUUUGACGUCAGAAAUCUGAUGAUUGACGUUAAUCACGCGACAGGGGUGUGCUCUGGGUUGCCAUUAGCAACAGCAGCCUUGUAUUACCGACCAAGAGUCGGAUUUAAAGUACAAGUUGAUGAUGAAAAUGUGUGGUUCACUGCUAAAGAUGGCGUAUGCUUUGCACAUGAUGUCUGUAAACGGGGAGCUUUCGUCAAAUUCGCCAAAGACUCACAAGCAAAGCUGAGUGGACUUGACAUCUUGAGACAGAUGGAGUCGGCGGGAUGGAAGACGCGCCUUGCCGCGAUUGGCGUGACCCGGUCACCAGUGACGUCACAACAAGCGCUGUUUGCCAAGGCUGCUGUGAACGCUCAGCUCCAGAGUGAUGAUGGGAAGGCACUCCGUGUUACUAUGGAGACGGACGGGGAUUUGGUGGUGUCAACAGAUUGUCUUGGCGAGCUUCUUGACCGCCGCUUUACUUGCAAAGUUAACGGUAGCAUGACUGGCAAACUCACGCUGACAGCCUCGAUGCAGAUUGCGGGCGCACCAAAGGGAGAUCAAAAUACAGUACACGUCACUGGUGAUGGUGCGACAGGGACGUUUUCACUUGGAGGCGCAGCCGUUGACAAGAAAACCGACCAAUGUAGGCACAACAAGGGCAUUCAGUUCACUCUCCGCACCACAGGAAACCCACUCCAGGCAGCAGCCUCCCUAAGAGAUUCAGUCGUCCCUUAUGCAAAUAUUCCAGUGGGCGUUGACCUACAGUAUGACGUCACAGGCGGAGGAAGGACUGGGCUGAGUAUUGCCCCGGAUGUGCGCAUGAAAUUAAGGCUUCUCGGGUUCUCCAUCAAAUUAGAGCUAAGGGAGAUUCUCGACGAAAUCCCAGCUGCAGCUCCGAAACUUGAGAAAGAUCACAGAAACUGGCUGAGAACUAUUUUAGAACUCAGUCAACUUGUGAAGACAGCUACAAACGCGAUAAAUUCCUACAAAGGUAUUGCAAAUAAAGGAGAACCCGUCCUUAAAUCCGUCAAAAGUAUGCAAGAUGGACUGUCUAGAUUAUCAGGGAUGUGCGCAGAAAUACGUUCAAAGUUGUCUGGAAUUCCAAGUGACCAAACGAAAAACAUCAUUGAAAAGCUAAAAGAGUUUGACCGAAACUUAAUAGCAUCCCGAACGAUUGGGAUAACUGUGGUUCGUGCACCAGUCCGCCAGCGUCUUACGGGCCUCGUUCUUAAUCUGACUGCGCAGGUCUGUCGGGCACGUCUGUGUCUGCGGGGGAUCGAGGCAUCUGUGGACUAUAACACGGGAUCAUGUGAGUUGCCAAUCAGCUUCAUCCCUCACCACAGGAAACCCAACUGUUCAGCGUGGGUAUUAGGCCGAGUAAAAGAUAAAUUAUCUCUUAGUCACGUGAUUACCAUGACACCAGGGGAUCGUCUCUAUCUAAACAGCAUCUCGGGAGCAGCAAGAAUACAGGGCACAGUGCGCAUGCUUGGAAUCCAGCAAAGUGCAAUAAUUGACAUAUCACCAUCCGGGACCUUGAGCUUUGGUAUAAAGGGACGAUUGGAUGGUCAGUUUCAGUGCACGUUGGAUGCACGUGCUAAUGCUGACGUAGGUGAUUGGCCUGCACUACUGUAUCACGUCAGUGGACGGCUUGAUGACCAAUCGGAGCUCGUUCAGCGUCUGCAAGAUGACGUCAAUAACUAUGUAGAGCGCAUGCGCGAGAAGGCACAGGAAAGACUCAACGGCUCAGAACAAGCUCUGGCCUCGGCACAACAACGCAUGCUCGUCAUAGAAAACCUUUACAGAGAUAGAACGGCUGACAUAAAACGCGUAAAACGCUGGCGCAGACUGAAUGAGACCGAGCUUCUGAGAAUCCGCGCAAAGUAUUCACAAGCGAAGGAAUCUUUCAACCAAGCUUUAGCCCAAUAUAACAAGUCUCGAGCAAGCUUGCACUCAUGUGAGCUAUCCAAGUGCGGAUAUGUCUGCAACAAGACGUGCGUCCCUGACAUAUGCUGGAGCCCUGUGGUGAUAUCUUACGUCAAGCAAAACUGUCACGCCAAAGACAUCAAGAUUAAUGUAACGCGACCUAAGCAGAUGUCCGAAAAAAGGGAAUACUACACUCAAACGAAAAUGAAGAUGAUCUCAAAAUCAUGUAAGUCAUGGGGAGAAGCUUUCGUUGAGGGUCUCUUUUGGCCUUUCAAUCACUUAAUUGGACGAAAACGCAGAAGCUCGGAGACACCAGGGAAUGAUAAGAGGUAUAAACAAACACGCAUCGUGCACGUCAGAGACAUCGGCCACUCUAUCCCUCGAUCACCUCGAUCUGUCAACAAACGCUCAGCUUCCGAACACAAGGACAUUAAUGAAAUUCUAAAGCGACAAGUCCCCGCACUUGAUAAGAAGUUUGACAUUAAUCACAUUUUACGUAAAAACAUCGCCAACAUAAGUAAGACUUUUGAUUUGACGCGCGCACUUCACGAGUACACGCGAGUCCUUGACACCUUUAACGUAAACCACGUGAUGAGAAAGGCGUUUCCUGGGUUACGUGAGGACUAUGACGUCAAUAGGGAUUUGAUAGAAGCUAUUCCCGCUCUGAAAAUAAGCUUUGACCUGGAUGCGCUACUCAGGGACUCGGUGCAAAGAUGUCGACACACAGGGAGACCGGUACGUGUUGAUGAUGCACUCAAGAGUGCGUUUCCUGAAAGACGUGAAACCAGCAUUGAUAAACUCAUAAGUCAGCGGUUUCCCGCCCUGCGCAUGUCCAUCUCCUAUCUUAUCAAUCAACACUUGCAUGGCAUGACUUCAUUCCACCUCGACCAAAUAGCACUUAGAAAUUUCGACGUCAGCAAAGUCGUUGGUCAGGCUCUGGGUGGGCUCGAUAGCAGCUUGGAUAUAAACGCACGGUUAAAGAAAAAUCUGAGAGGACUGGGACCAGAUUUCGACCUCAGUCACGAGAUAAUGUCACGUGUCACCCGGCCACGUGAUAUCGACAGGCUUGACGUGAUGCAAGUAAUCAAGGACAAGACUGCGCAAGCGCAUGAGAUGUGUUUUGAGAACCUGACGCGAUUGCUUAUACCGGAAGUCGCGCAAGGCUUUGAUCUUGAACAACUGAUCAAAACGGGUCUACGUAAAGCUGUCCACGUGACCAUCAACGAGUCAAUGCUCGCAAACCUUAGCGUGGAUUCCAUUUUGAGGAAAGCAGUUCCUUCCAAACUCAACGUGACGAUAAACCAGAUCAUACUUGAGGCGCACCCCGAGCUCAGCACCCCCCUGGACCUGACUGAACUACUGAAGGGAUCUGUCCCGCUUUUAAAGAUGUUCGGGGGGAGUAUAGACAUUAACAGCCUCAUCAAAGGCUCGUCGCCGAAGUGGUACGAUCUAAGUCUUGAUAUCGACAAAAGUCUGAAGGCGAGGAACCCAGCGCUACGAGGGAGCCUGAGUAUAAGCAGUCUGUUGAGUAAUGCAAUCCGUCACGCUGUCACGCCAGGUGUCGAUGACGUAGUAUGUCACGCUAUCACGCAAGUUGUAGACGAGUCGCUAAGCAUUCAGCGUGUCAUCGAAAGCAAAGUCCCGCUGCUGACAAAACAGAAAUUAGACGAAGCAAUCUUCGUUGCCCUUGAAAGAUUUAGAGAUGACAAAACACAGAAGGAUUUAAAAGGUUUAUCAGCGAGAAAGAGGAAUAAAAGAUUUUUGUUUAUAUCUGGGAUUAUCAAUGGGUUUGCAAGCUCCGGGUGUAAACAAAGUACACACGAGUGGGAUGGUCCAACCAAGAAACUUAGCUACACGCGCCUAUUCUCAAUCAUGGAAGUCAUCCAGGAAGCUGCAAAGGUAUUCGUGUGUAAGAACGGAAGUACGGUAAAUCAGAAAACUAAAGGCUUCGAGAACCCAACGCCGUGUUGCAGGAAGGACAUAAAAUGUGUAAAGUUCUUAGAACCUGAGUGCGUAGUUGAGAACGAGGCGUGCAUCAAGUGGCAGAAGAAUAAAUUUGAGCGCGAGUGGAAACAGAUGAAUGGAAGUCUAUUCCUUGAGUAUAUAGAGCUCACGAAACAAAGCUCAACAGUUGACCAAAAGUUCGUGGAGCUCGAGAGUCUAAAAUCGCAAGAAAAGAUGCUAUCCACUGAACUGACAGUACUUGAGGCGAAAAGGCGACAGACACGGGCACAGAUGAAAACCAUGAAAACAUCUCUCGCGCGAAUGCAACAGAUCCCGGAUGUUAGGACUGGACUUAAGCUGAGUGAGCUAGCACGGAGUUCUCAUGAACAUGCUCCGGUGAGGGUGCAUUCCAUGUCGUUUGCCAUCACCACGGGCACUGGAACAAACCGAAGGCUGCCUGCGAAAAUACAGCUUCAAACACUUAAAGGGAAUUCCAGCUUGGACUUUGUAAUGGACCUAGACGCUAUUAAGUAUUCCUUUAGAUUGGCUACUAGGGACGUUAUUCGAAAGGCAAUAGGUGAAACCCGUAAAAAGCGCUCCCUCGAAGACAUAUCCGAGGACCAAGUCCAAAACGGGGUGAGCGACGCAGAGAAGUGCCACUUUACACAAAACGCAAGUCGUUUUUUCUCUGAAAUAGUAAACUCUCUGUCCUCUGUCGUUAACCAAACAACAAAUAUGGAGGAAGGAUUGGAGGCCGAGUUCGGAACACUGACCGGUCUCCUUACGGAUCUAGAGGGCACUAAUUCUUCUGUGGUCAAGGAAUACCUUAAAAUGAUGUCCCAGUACAAGGACCAGCGGUCUGAGCAUGCGCAGUUACUAUCAUGGAACGAGACAUUCGCUGUGUGGAAGGCCUAUAUCGAUUUUUACACCGAAGCACGUGACAUUCACACAUGCUCGGGAACCGCUGACUGCAUAACCGCGGUCGCAAGUGAGCUAAUGGAAAUCUACGGCAUGUACAAUAGCGACAAAGACGUCAAGAACAUGAUGAGCUUGAUUCCUGAGGUUGAGAGAGGACUGGGCUCUAUCAUGACCAGCAACAUGUCACUGUCUGACGUCAGAGAGACACUUGGUCAGCUUGAGGUCCUUCUCAACAGCAGCAUGGACUCGAGGCUGAUCUGUGCGGAUAAACCGAGACUCGUCAACCAGACGAGUUCACGAUGGACUGUGGAGGAGGGAGAACACGUGGUGUUGGGCUGUGAGGCGCAGAGCGUAACCAAGGUCAUCUACACGUGGCGAAGGGGCGAUGAAGUUGUGCAGACUGCUGACAACGGAACACUAGAACUUCCAUCCAUCAAGAAAUCCGAGGCCGGUAUGUACACAUGCGAAGCAGCGAACCACAAGGGGUCAGCGGAAUCUCACUAUGAAGUCAUUGUCGAAUACAAGCCUGAGCUCUUAGAGGAGCCAAUCAGCGUCAAGCUUGCCUUAUAUGGUGGGAAAGGCGCGAGAUUCCCAUGUCUUGCCACAGGCAACCCUCAACCCCGGGUGGAAUGGUAUUACAGGCCGCUGUAUUCCAAGCUGUCAUUCAAACUACCUGAUGACGACAGCCAGCUGGUCUAUAUAGAGCCUGAUGACGUCAUGAGGUCGGGAUUCUACUACUGUGUGGCCAGCAAUAGCCGCGGUAGAGUCGUCAGUGAAGAGGGGAGGCUGGAUAUCUUACAGAGCAGGGGGGCAGUUCCCCGUAUGGGCGUGGUCGUCAACGUCACAUCCUGCACUCCUGAACAAACGUGCUAUCGAACCCUUCCAUCUCGGCUUGGUGCAGCUGACAUCGACACCUUGCGGAGCAACAUCAGCUCCGCCACAGGCGUCUCAAACAAUCAAGUCCAUAACCUCAAGUUUGCCCGAAUCACGAAGCAGCGAGGAGCGAUUUUCUUUUACUUAACUGAGCAGGAAACACCACAGGGAUCCAUUGGAUCCGGGGAUGAACUAAUGACGAGAUUCUCAACGCAAAGGUUGCGUAUAAGGGACAGGCUUCACCGUCUGCGCAUGCGCAUGGAGGAUGGUUCAUUUGCGAAAGACGUGCAGGGCCUGGGUCUUGCACCGGUUCCUGCGUCGCUAUUUCCAAUCCACGCUCCAUCCACUUGUCACCCCGGCUGGUUCUUACACGAAAACGGCUUCAUGUGUGUUGCAUGUCCUCCAGGCAUGUAUGGCCGCUCAAGUGACGCAUGCGCGCUGUGUCCUAGAGGAACGUACCAAAGCCAGUCCGGUCAACCGAGCUGUGUGCGUUGUGCGAGGGGACUGGUUACCAAGGACAGGGGGUCCAUGGACAAAAGCGACUGUAUCGCAACAGGACCCUCUGCGCCCCGUGCUCUCAAGGCAUACUCUCUUUCAUCAUCGUCCGUCAAGCUUUUAUGGUGGGCGCCACGCCAAGGUCACGUGACCUAUUACGUCAUCAAGUACAGCUCGGACAGUGUCUCCGGUCACGUUUCUGUACGGUCGAAGAGUGGCCCAGUGCAGUCCUAUAUUCUGCAGGGGCUGGCAGGCUUCACUGUAUAUCGCAUACGGGUGUACUCUGCUAAUGAUGACCUCGUUGGAGGGUACGCAUCCAAGACCCUCAGGACGCCAGAGGGAGUUCCAAGUGCAGCUCCUGCCAUAACGGCAGCCGUCCCGGGAAGCCCCACGUCCGUGCUUGUUAUCUGGCAACGGGUCCCCCAACAGCAUCAGAAUGGCAAAAUCCGGGGAUAUACGUUGUACUACAAGAAGAGCUCGUACGCCGAGUACCACAGCAAGACUGUCCGUUCAGCCAACCUACUGAGCACAGUGGUGACCGGGUUGGAGACUGGGGAAGAAUACUGCUUCAGGAUCACAGCAUUUACGGCCGUUGGAGCUUUUGGGGACUGGGAACAGGUUCGGUGCACGUGGGCACGGCCGGCUUGAGGGAACCUGAUCAUGUGAUAAUCAGAAACAGUAGCAAUAGACGUCUCCGAGCAUAUACAUAGUAAACGCGGUAGUUCUUGCAUGGUUUGAACGCUAAAAGGAACCAAAUGUAGGAGUUAUAUACACUUAUUCAUAGCAAAUGAAACUACUGAAUAGAGCAAAAAUACCAAGUGUUAACAACUGGAAAACUAUGAGGCCUUUCUUUCUAUUAAGUUCCUUUAAGCCCCGCCGUUUAAUAAAAAUAGAAAAGAAAUAAGAUCCCGGGGGCUAGCCUAGGGCUAGAACAGUAGAUUUGUCGAAUUUUUUAAGAAAACAAUUCAUAAGCUGAUUUUUAAAAUGUGUCAUUCUUUUUGACACAUGUAGGUCAUUGAACAGAAUAGUAUGUGCAACCAUAAGGACCUCAUCUCUCAGGCCACGGAUGCAUUGUAACAACUGGAAUAAAAUGGCUUGUGUACAGAA